AUGAAGCAACGCACUGCUUACUUGAUUGCUAAGAUGAAGAAAGUAGUACAGAAGGACCAUUAUGCCAUUAUGAGCUAAUAACCAGCCAUCUCAAGAUUGUGCUUGAUUCGUGAGCUUAAGGUGGCAUCAAGGUACUUUCUGAUUGGAUCUCAGAAAAUCAAGACCGCAGCUAUCCAUGAGUACAAGUCAUUGAACUUUUUUACGCCAUUCUUGAGAACCUACCAAUAGAGAGUCAGUAUCUAGAGCAAAGCAAGAUCGCUAAGUAUUGGCUAUCAUUCAGAGAUGGCAAGCUAUAGUCUACAAGUUGAGUUACAAAUACGACGAGGACUGUAAUCACUAGAGAAGCAGAGAGACCUGAGAUAGAAGAUCAAGCAGAUUGGAAUCCGCAUGGAUAUGAGCAAUGCUGAAGAGGAAUUGAUCAAGAGAAACCCACUAUUUAGAUCAUCAUGA